CAACAAUCAAUCAGCCAUGAGGAGCAGCCUUCUGGUAGCUGUGGGGCUGCUUGCCCUGGUGGCCGCGGUGUCGGCCCGGGACCUGCGGGAGAAGAGGGAUGCCGACCUCGAGGUUGCCGCUUCCCACCACCACCACCACGAGAAGGGCGGUGGACACGAGCACCACGAACACCACCACCACGACCACGGCGGCAAAGGGCACAAGGGACAUCACGGUCACCAUGAGCACCACCACGGACAUAAGGGCCACCACCACCACGAGGGCCACAAGGGCCACCAUGGCGAGCACGGCGGACACAAGAAACAUCACCACCACGACGAUGGCUACCACCACCACCACCACCACGGCGAGAAGGGCGACCACGGUCACGGACACGAGGAGCACGGCCACUGGCACAAGGGACACGACACCAAGGGACACCACGGUAUUGAGAAGCAUGACGAAUUCAAGAAGGACAAGCACUUCCACCACCAUCACGGAGAUAAGGGCUUCCAUGAACAUCAUGGCGGACACCAUCACGAGGGCGGGCACAAGAAGGGCGGUCACUUCCACAAGGGACACAAGCACCACGGACACCACGAGCACCACCACGGCAAGAAGGGCCACCACGAGAAGGGAGGACACCACCACCACCACAAGGGCCACCAUGGUGAGCACGGCCACCACGAGCACCACCACCACGAAGACCACCACGGCAAGAAGGGCGGCCAUGAGCACCACAAGCACUGGGGACACAAGGGUUAAACCGUGUAUGAUCUCAUUGUUGUUAUUUGUUGAUAUAUUGCAAUUAGGUGUUUUUGUUAC